AUGGCCAUGAAAUGGGAAUCCAAUGUUCAGGAAAGGCUAUUCACAAUCUGUGCAACUAUCAAUGACAUUGAUUACAAAUUUGGAUGGAAUUACAUUGGAUGUGAAAAUUGUCUCACAAAAUUAACUCAACAACGCCAACAAUACUAUUGUCCCUUGUGUGACAUGACAUCAAAGUACCCUGCACCAAGGUUCAAGAUUCAAUUGAGAGUGUCAGAUGAAACAUCAACAACAACAUUUACUAUGUUUGAUAAAGAAGCUCAAAAACUCCUCAACACUACAGCAACUCAACUUUUGGAGAAAUUGGACAACAUAGAAAGACCAUCUACUCUACAAAAUUUGUGUAACCGCAAGCUCAUUUUUGAAAUACGAUUGUCUGAUAAGAACUUAAAAGAAGGAUCGCAAACAUAUACGAUUACAAGAACUUUUGUCCCCGCCAACAUUUUCCUCGAUACAACAAAUAGUAUCCACAUCAAACAGGAACCAAAGUCACCUCAACCAUCAACAACGUCCAACUCAAAGGACAAAGAGGAUAUCAAACAAAAAGGUAAAAUACAUGAAGAAGUGGACUAUAGAGAUGAGGAUAAUGAUAAAGACAACAAUGACAACCAGUUAUCCAAAGGAAAAAUCAAGGUAGAACAAAACAAUCAAAAUAUUCAAAUAUCAUCUACAGAUGAAGAUACAAUCAAGACAAAAAUUACAAAAAAAAAGAAGAUUAUGGUCGAGAAUAUUACAUCAUCCGACGAAGAGCCUAUCCUUCUACGUACCUUAAGGGGAACAAAAAAGAAGAAACCAAAAGAAAAACAAUCUGGAAGUAGCUUUCUACAAAAUAUUGUAAGUACAAUAUACUUGUGUCUUUGCUCACUCGUCAAUUUGGAGACCAAUCUUGAGGUUGUUUUCCUCAUUUGGGUAUUUAGCUCGAGUUCUGGGUUUCACCAUUGA